CCCGUGCCCUGUGUCCAUAUCUGGAAUUUUGGCGCAUCUCCAGUUUUCCCAACGACCGAGGUCUUUUUCAUGCAUCUCGGAUCGAUGUGCCGCUCUGUUAUAUCCGUACCGCCAGCUGCCGAUAUGAUGGCCCGUUGUAUUUAUAAGCAAGAAAGGGAGAUUGACGUAGGCGGCGACGCAUUGAGGCUCCACCGUCUUGGAAAUGGAGCGAAAUCUUGCAACUGCCGCGGUCUUGGAGAUAGUGCCCGGCGAUAAGAGGACGGAUAUAAACUUUACCAAGCAAUAAUGGAGAAGAACCAAGAAGUGAGCGGUAUGAUAUCGGGGAGAAAGUGAAACUUGUGCUUCUAUUUCAUUCCUUCUCCUAUAUUCUCAUUUGUAUAUAUAGGUAGGAAGAUUCUCUCAAACCGUAUGCCAAACAGUCCUCUUCACUACUCUCACAACAAGCAAUCUCUUACCAUCCUCAUAUCUUCUAUCAUCCUCAAAUCAAAUCUUAAGAUCUCUUCCAACCUCCCCAAAAUGGUCCCACAACCCGAAUUCAACGGCUGGCUCGGCCACGACGCCUCCGCCGCCGAAGGCAACAUGACCUGGGGUCCCUACACCCCCAAGCCGUUCACCGAGUCCGACAUCGACAUCCAAAUCACACACUGCGGCAUCUGCGGCUCAGACAUCCACACCCUCCGCUCCGGCUGGGGCGAGACCCCCUACCCCUGCGUCGUCGGGCACGAGAUAAUCGGCACGGCCAUCCGGGUCGGCUCGCAAGCCGCCAAGGAGCGCGGGAUCAAGAUCGGGGACCGCGUCGGCGUCGGCGCGCAAUCAGGCAGCUGUCUGAGGGAUGACUGCGAGUACUGCGCUGCGGGCGAGGAGACGCAUUGUCCUAAUAUGGUUAUGACGUAUGGAUCGAGGUUUGCGGAUGGGAGUAAGAGUUAUGGCGGGUAUGCGGAUUUCAGCCGGACGCCGGGGCACUUUGUGGUGAAGAUCCCGGAGGGGCUGGAGUCGGAGGAUGCGGCGCCGAUGAUGUGUGGGGGUGUGACUGUUUAUGCGCCGCUGAAGAGGAAUGGGUGCGGGACGACGGCGAAGAGGGUGGGUAUUGUGGGUGUUGGUGGCCUUGGACAUUUCGGGUUACUGUUUGCGAAGGCGCUGGGAGCGGAGAAGGUGGUUGCUAUUUCGAGGACUUCGGCGAAGAAGGCGGAUGCGGAGAAGAUGGGCGCGACGGGUUUCAUUGCGACGGAGGAUGAGAACUGGGCGAAGAAGAAUGCGGGGACGUUGGAUCUGAUCAUCUCGACUGUUUCGUCGCCGAAUAUGCCGUUGUCGGAGUAUCUGUCGCUGCUCGCGCCAAAGGGACAGUUCAUCCAGGUCGGUGCACCGGAGGAUGUCUUGCCGCCUAUCAGCGCCUUCUCUCUUAUUGUGAAGGGCAUCAAGCUUGGUGGAAGCUUGAUCGGAACACCGAAGGAUAUCGAGGAUAUGAUGCAACUUGCUGUGGAGAAGAAGGUGAAGCCAUGGAUCCAGACGGUUCCGAUGACAGAGGCGAACAAAGCGGUUGUCGAAUUCGAGGAGGGGAAGCCAAGAUAUAGGUUCUGCCUGGUUAACGAGAAGAACAUUGAGAAGCUGGCAAAUAGAGCUGCCAUUUAGAAUAUCAUAGAGUCACC